GGAUUCCGGGCCAGAGAGUUUUGUGGCGCGCUCAGUUCCCCUGAGACCGUAGCCGCAACAGUGCGCACUCUUGCACCGAUUCUAGUUUUCCGAUUCCGAUAUUCACUCGCUUUUCGAAAGGUCCGCCGCCGAACUGUUGCACGUGCUGCACUGCGUCUCGAUUGCAGCAUUCCCGCCAGAGGCCAGCAUUCAAAAAACUAAUAGAAAACCGACAAAAUGGGCUGCGCAACGGGCACCAUUAAGUACUCGCUGUUUCUCUUCAAUGCCUUAUGGGCGAUACUUGGAAUUCUUGUGCUUAUCUUUGGCGGCCUCAGCUGGGGAGGGAUGCCGGAUGAGUACGCCAUCGGAAUUUUGGUUUUGGGCGGCAUUAUCCUGAUCAUCUCACUCUUCGGAUGCUGUGGCGCUGUUCGCGAGUCGCCGCGCAUGCUCUGGACGUAUGUGUCACUGCUGCUGGUGUUGCUGCUGCUGAUGGUGGCCUUCAUCAUCCUCAAUCCCCGAGAUGUCUUCAAGAAGUACGCAGCUCAGAAGGUCGAGGAUGAUUGGAAGCAAGAACAGACCAAGCCCGGUAGCAUGGAUCUCAUUCAGAGGACGUAUGCCUGCUGUGGUCUCAAUAGUCCACAAGACUAUCUGUCCAUCAACUUCUACAACCAGACGGUGCCCAGCAGCUGUUGCAAGGAGCUCAACUGUGUGAAUCCCCUGAAUCUCUACACCGACGGUUGCCUCAAGAAGGUGGAGGAAGCCUUUGCGGACGAGGGCUCCACCACGAGUUACCUGGAGUGGGGUCUGCUUGGCUUCGAUGUGGUCAUUCUUCUGCUGGCCGUCGUCUUGGCCAUCCAUUACACGAAUCGUCAGCGACGCUACAACUACUAGAGCCUUAUUACCGCCUAGCAAAUCAAUCUCUCCGACUCCUACCUGCGUCAGUCGUCAGCGUCACCCAUGUACCUUGCUGUUAGAUCCACCAAACAUUGCGGGUGGAAGCCACUUGCCAAGCAACCGAAGAUGCCUUAAGCGUUCAUGAACACAAGUUGGUUUUGAAAGUUGUACCUUCAUUCGAAAUAUUUUAAUUGGAACUACAUACAUUAAACAAAUGUUUUGUGCAGUUUCUUACGAAUACUUAGAUUAGCUUUUUGAAAGAGUUGAAAAUAAAAUUUAAGUAAAAAACAA